GAAAGAAAAAAUCCGCAGCCUUCUCUCUCGGCAGAGCAAGUUCCGACGGCGACCCUUUGCAACCGAGUAGCACCAGCCUGUAGAGAUCAGACUGCCGCGGCUGGAGCAGGUUCCGAGUACCAGGCCCUUCGCAGCUGAAGAACACCCUAGCACCGAGAAGGAGCCCUGUUUUCUGACGAGCGCCGGCGACCGGAGAACCAUCAGUUUUCGGCUGAAGAAGGCCCUAACACGCGACCGGAGAAACAUCAGUUGUCGAAGCAUCCCUGCUCGGCGGACGAGAGCAGGCCGAGAACCAAGAAUUUCCAGCGCAUCCGAGAACAGCUGAGAAGGGAAACAGCAACAACCGAGCCUUUCACUGGCCAUUACCCGAGAACCCUAACCAAGUCGAGCCACCUUCUUGUCCAUUUUAAGUCCCGAAUAAGAUUUCGGAGAGUCGAGCCCUCGAGCGAGCAUUUCAGCUUAUUAUCAUUUGCAUUCGAGUCCAAAGGUUCGGUUCGUCAUGCCGUCAAUGGCUUCCAGUAGCUCCACGCACAUUGACAAAAUUAAUCAGCUCAACGGGCCAAAUGCUGAUUUUGUUGUCAGGAAGCAGCAGCUUGAAAAGCACAGGAAAGCACUCCCGAUUGCUGCAGUCCAAAAGAGACUCUUGGAGGAGGUUAGUAAAAAUGACGUACUAAUUAUUGUUGGUGAAACUGGCAGUGGGAAGACAACUCAGUUACCUCAGUACCUAUGUAAUGGUGGGUUUUGCCGCAAUGGUGGAAUCAUUGGGGUGACUCAACCAAGACGUGUUGCUGCUGUAACCGUUGCAAAAAGGGUUGCUGAGGAAUGUGGAGUCGCAUUAGGACAGAAAGUCGGUUAUGCCAUAAGAUUUGAGGAUGUAACUUCCGGCUCUACAAAGAUCAAAUACAUGACGGAUGGUUUGUUAUUGAGGGAAGCAUUAUUGGAUCCUUACCUCUCCAAAUAUUCAGUUAUUAUUGUGGACGAGGCUCACGAGAGAACUGUUCAGACUGAUGUAUUACUUGGCCUGUUGAAGUCCGUGCAGAGGACAAGGUCUUCAGGUGCCAGUUACAUGAAACAUAAUAAUGGUCACAUAAAAGCUGAGAAUGGUGUACCAUUGGAAAAGGAGCAUGUUCAAAGUACAAGUAGUCUGAAGCACAACCGAGGGAAAAAGUUGUACCCAUUAAAGUUAAUUAUCAUGUCAGCCAGUCUGGAUGCACAGAUUUUUUCCAAGUAUUUUGGUGGUGCAAGGGCAGUUCAUGUUCAGGGGCGACAGUAUCCUGUUGAUGUACUGUACACUCGUCAACCGGAGACCGAUUACUUAGAUGCAGCCUUGAUUACUAUAUUUCAGAUACAUCUGGAGGAAGGGCCAGGUGAUAUACUUGUGUUCUUGACUGGUCAAGAAGAAAUAGAAUCUAUAGAGAGGCUCGUCCAAGAGCGCCUUCCAAAGUUAACUGAAAGUAAACGCAAUCUGUCAGUUGUAUCGAUUUUCGCAUCUCUUCCAUCAGAGAAGCAAAUGAAAGUUUUCUUGCCUGCCCCUGCUGGGUUUCGUAAGGUAAUAUUAGCAACAAAUAUUGCUGAAACAUCGGUGACCAUACCUGGAAUCAAGUAUGUAAUUGACCCAGGAAUGGUCAAAGUGCGCACAUAUGAUCCUUCCACAGGGAUUGAGCCGUUGAUCAUUGUUAAAACAUCAAAAGCACAAGCACUUCAGCGGAGUGGGCGUGCUGGACGUGAGGGACCUGGGAAAUGCUACCGCCUUUAUCCUGAGAAUGAAUUUUAUAAGCUCAAGGAUUCCACAACGCCUGAAAUAAAGAGAAGUAAUCUUUCGAAUGUUAUCCUACAACUUAAAGCUUUAGGCAUUGAUGAUAUUGUUGGGUUUGACUUCAUUGAACAACCAGACAGGAUGUCCAUCGUCAAGUCAAUGGAGUUGUUGUUCUUGUUAGGUGCUCUUACGGAAAAUAGUAAAUUAUCCGAUCCAGUUGGUAAUCAAAUGGCCAGGCUUCCAUUAGACCCUAUUUAUUCUAAGGCUCUUGUUGUUGCCAACCAAUUUAAUUGCUUGGAGGAAAUGUUAAUUGUUGUGGCAAUGCUGUCGGUCGAGUCUAUCUUUUAUGCUCCUCGUGAAAAAUUGGAAGAGUCACGAACUGCUUUGAGAAGCUUCUCGAGUCCUGAUGGGGAUCAUUUGACAUUGUUAAACACAUAUCGUGCUUCUGAUGAAUUCUUGGAGAAGAGCAAGCAAGUAAGCAGCAAUGAAAAAGCCGAAAAGAAACUCAGAAAAUGGUGCAAGGAGAAUUUUAUCAACAGCCGCUCCCUGAAGCAUGCUCGUGAUAUCCACAGUCAAAUACGGAAGAAUGUUGAACAAAUGGGUCUCAGUGUCACCUCGUGUGGGGAUGACAUGCUUCCACUCAGAAGAUGCCUUGCUGCUUCAUUUUUUCUAAAUGCAGCUUUGAAGCAGCCAGAUGGUACUUACAGGGCUUUGUCAAGUGGUCUCACGGUGCAGAUCCACCCUUCAUCUGUAUUAUUUAGAGGGAAACCCGAAUGCAUAAUUUUUGACGAAUUAGUCCGAACCAAUCAGAACUACGUACGUAACGUUUCAAGAAUAGAUUAUUUGUGGUUAUCUGAGCUGGCUCCCCAAUGCUAUGCCUUGAGAGAAUAGGUUCAUAUUUAUGGAUGGUUAUACGAAAUAUUCUGAUCACCUGUAUAUAUCAGCAAAGGAAAGUGAGCAUGAGUAUUCAAGUGUUAGCUUUUGCUUAUUACAACCUGUGAGGAGCUCUCACACAUCCAAGGUUCAUGGUUACCCUAAACUUUUGGCCAGUCUUGAUUUUGAACUGAAUUCGAUGAUUCUUGGGAUUUGCUACUUUAGUUCUUGGAAUUAUAGGAUAAGAAACACACUUGAUGAAGGCGUGUAAUACGUGAAGUGGCCUGUGGCAAUUCAAUGCUUUUUGUUGUUCCUUUCACGGUGAAUGCAGAAUUAAGUUGUUGCUUGUUUAAGAACGAACUCAUGCAGAAUUAAUUAUCUUUACAUAUUGUAUUAACUAGUGGGCUUUCGGCUGUGCACACACAGCCAACUCUAGUUUAGUCCAUAAUUACCUUUAACAUUCGG